AUGGCAGGUUUCCCAAACUCCUGCCUCAUCACCCUCAUUUUCCUCUGGCUGCCCACGCUGGAUUCAGCUCACUUCGAUGUGAUUGGACCUCCGGAGCCCAUCUUGGCCAUAGUUGGGGAAGAUGCUGAGCUGCCCUGUCAUCUCUCUCCAAAUGUGAGUGCCGAGCACAUGGAGCUGCGGUGGUUUCGGAAGAAAGUCUCGCCCGCAGUGUUCGUGCACCGGGAAGGGCGGGAGCAGGAGGGAGAGCAGAUGGCUGAGUACCGGGGGAGAGCCACGCUGGUGAAGACCAACGUCACAGCGGGGCGCGUUGCUGUGAAGAUACACGGGGUCAAGGCCUCUGAUGAUGGGGAGUACCGAUGCUUUUUCAGGCAGGAAGAUAGCUUUGAGGAGGCAAUUGUGCAACUGAAGGUGGCUGCUCUGGGCUCUGAUCCUCAUAUCCAUAUGGAAGUUCAAGAAAGUGGAGAGAUCUGGCUGCAGUGCACCUCAGUGGGAUGGUACCCAGAGCCCCAGGUGCAAUGGAGAACUCCCAAGGGAGAAAAGUUUCCAUCCAUGUCAGAGGCCAGGAAUCCUGAUGAAGAAGGCUUGUUCACUGUGACAGCUUCAGUGGUCAUCAGGGACACCUCCAUGAAGAAUGUGUCCUGCUGUAUCCAGAACCUCCUUCUUGGCCAGGAGAAGGAAGGAGAGAUUUCCAUAGCAGUUCCCUUCUUCCCAAGACUGACUCCCUGGAUGGUGGCUGUAGCUGUCAUCUUGAUGGUCCUAGCACUUCUCACAAUUGGGUCCAUAUUUUUCACUUGGAGACUAUACAAGGAAAGAUCCAGACAGAGGAAGGAUACAUUCAGUUCUAAAGAGAAACUCCUGGAAGAACUCAAAUGGAAAAAGGCUACAUUGCAUGCAGUUGAUGUGACUCUGGAUCCAGACACCGCCCACCCUCACCUCUUUCUGUAUGAGGACUCAAAAUCUGUCCGACUAGAAGAUGCCCGUCAGAAACUGCCUGAGAAACCAGAGAGAUUUGACUCCUGGCCUUGUGUAUUGGGUCGUGAGGCCUUCACCUCAGGGAGACAUUACUGGGAGGUGGAAGUGGGAGACAGGACUGACUGGGCAAUUGGGGUGUGUAGGGAGAAUGUGAUGAAAAAAGGAUUUGACCCCAUGACUCCAGAGAAUGGGUUCUGGGCUGUGGAGUUGUACGGAAAUGGGUACUGGGCUCUCACCCCACUCCGGACCCCUCUCCCAUUGGCAGGACCCCCUCGCCGGGUUGGGAUUUUCCUGGACUAUGAGUCAGGAGACAUCUCCUUCUACAACAUGACUGAUGGAUCCCAUAUCUAUACUUUUCCCAACACCUCUUUCUCUGGUCCCCUCCGGCCCUUCUUCUGCCUGUGGUCCUGUGGUAAAAAGCCCCUGACCAUCUGCCCAAUCACUGAUGGGCCUGAGGAAGUCCUAGUAGUUGCUAAUGGCAAGGACCUUUCUAAGGAGAUCCCACUGUCCCCCAUGGGGGAGGACUCUGCCUCUGGGGAUACAGACACCCUCCAUUCUAAACUAAUCCCUACCCAGACCAACCAGGGGGCACCUUAA